AUGAAACUUCUAUUGCUUCUCGCUCUUUUCGUCCUUUUUCGGAUAUCAAACCCGCAGGGACAGCCAGCCGAUCGUGGAGCGAAGAUCGCGUUGGGCGCCGUGAAAAACGUGCUCGGCGGCUCGUAUGCUCAAAAUGUGACAUUGUACUUUCGGAAUUCACCCUAUAGAAUCGAAAAAGAUUUGAUCGUGGAAAAGGGAGUGACGCUGACAAUCGAAACGGGCACACAAUUGCUUUUUGACACGGGCGCCGGGCUGAUUGUGCACGGGACGAUUAGAGCUAUUGGAAAUGAAUUCGCGCACAUUCAAAUGCUGCCCUAUAAUCAAAACUUCGAUGACGAGUUCGUCGUGCCCCGAUUUCGACUAAUCGAUGGGCCAACCGUUAAACAAGGUCGCCUCCAAGUACAGUUCCGUGAUCGAUGGCGAAGCGUUUGCACUCAGCUAACCAAUUGGACAAGUGUCGACUUCACAGUCGCUUGUAAAUCGAUGGGAUACGGGGAUGGUGGCUUCUGGAAAUGGUUUCGAAGAAACAAUGACACUUUUCCGGCGGUGGUGCCCCGGCCUGAUUGUCCGCCAAUGUCCACCGAUCUUUUUGAUUGUCCUGGUCUCGCUGACGAGAAUCGAAUCGCAAUGUCGGAGAAUUUAUGUCAAGGAGAGGAUGAUAUCGGAAUCGUUUGCUGGGGUCCGCCAACUUUUUCUGGAUGGUCUAGACAUUGGAAAGGCCUUCAAAUCUACAAUUCCCCGUUUGGGUAUGUAAACGCCGAUCCCGAUGGAGUGGCCGUGCAAAGAGAAUCAGCGAGUAGACUAGAAUUUAUCGAUAUUCUUUUUGCGGGUUAUGAUGGACGCUCAAAAAACGCUACUCCUGCACUAUAUAUUGAAGGAGUUCCACCAUUGAUCAAUGGUCUCCGAAUAGAGCGAAGUGCCCGUGACGGGGUGUACUUUUAUCAACCGAGCGGUCCGAUUCUCAUCGCCAACUCAACUUUUUCGUUUAAUCGAGGUCAUGGGAUUGCAAUUGAUAAUACAACAGACGGUCGAGCUUUUAUUAACUACACUCGAAUCGAGGGGAAUCUCGGUGACGGGAUUUGGUAUCGUCAAGAAGGACAAGGAAGCAUUGAUGUCGAUUUGAUUGAUCGGAUUGAAAGAAGGAACAAGCGCCAGAUGCAAAUCACUGACUCACUCUACCAAAUCGAAGCGCCACAAGUCGAGAUUUGCGAGAAUCACUCAGCUCCAUCCGAGCAUUAUUUCCCAUACUUGCUGCGAGCGUUGCUGAAGAACGGAUCCUACAUCGAUCCUCUUCUCCCGUCUCCCUGCUGGAUUGGAAUCUCCCUUCCACCCCAACUGCCCUACACGUACUCCCUGCAAUUCUUGAACAUUCGAAAUCGAAACAUGCCCGAUUCGGAGACUUAUUUGAGAGUCUGUGAAUCCCAUCUCCCGAACACGGGGAAUUGUGCGCUUGAGUUAUCGAAGAUACCCAUUUUGAAUGCUCGUCUACCACAGUCAAUUUCGAUUCGAUCCUCCGGUCGUCCAAUCAUUCUCUCAUUGCACCACAAAUUCUCAAGCGAUCUGCCGGGCUAUGUUCUUUCCGAUGUGGAUGUGAUCUUUCGAGUGCACGCAUCUGUUAUGGAUAAAGCAUAUUAUGGUUUGAAUGUCACUCAUUCGAUUAUCCAUCAAAAUCUCGGCAAUGGGAUCGAGGCGUGGGAUGUACGAGAUCGAACGGCGCUCACGAAUGUGACUAUUACUGAAAAUCAGGGUCUGGCUGGUUUCCUCGUUCGAGACGGAGCGGCUGACAUUUGGAUUAAUGAGACAAGAAUCGAUCGAAAUUGGGGUGAUGGGUUGAAUGUUUCGUAUGCUGGCGGAUCGAUUACUGUCAAUGGGACAAGUAUUCGGGGAAAUCGGUGGAGAGGAGCCGCGUUUCACUUCAAUGAAUCUUCCCCUUUCAUCGCCAUGCAUCAAGAGAUCGUUUUCAAGGGUCGACCAGCCAACAAUAUGUUCUACAUGCCGACGAUAGUCAGCGAGAAUCUCUGGGGAGGGAUUCUAGUCGGCAACUUUUGCUUUACAGAAUCGCGAAGGAUUGAACCAAAAGUGUUAAUCAGUUGGGUGGAGAUGCAGAGAAAUCUCUACCAUCCGGCGCUCGAGAUCUUUUCGUGUCAAUUCAAUGGAGCUUCGAGAACGAUUAUUGAUAUCACUGGAAACAGGAUUGAACGAAAUGGCGGAAUGGGUCUCCGAAUCUUGCCCCAUGUCAACAUGCACACAAUCAUCGCCAGCAAUCUCUUCAUGUUCAACAACGACACAGCGUUGCUUAUCAAAAACUCGGCUCACCCGCAACUCUCAAAUCUAUAUGCAAAUGCAAACAUCUCGAAGAACGCUUUCAAAUUCAAUCAAGGACAAUAUAUUGUGAAUAUCGGGUUGAAUGAAGAUGCGCCAAAUCAACGAAUGAUGUUCAAUCAACAGAAUGAGAUUCGUGAGAAUCGGGUUUUCAAUCCGUUUCCCCAUCUACCGCCUCGGUCUACUCCCUAUGCGGCGGUGGUCGUGUCGAGCAGUAACGUUGUCUUGCAUCGAAAUUGCUUCAAAAACCCGGCGGCCGAGUUUGAGAUUGGGACGGAGUUGAGCGAGCACGCGAAAGUGAUCAACGCGACUGAGAACAACUGGGGAACCCCGUCGGCACCGCAAUUUCUUCGGAAAAUCUUUGAUCAGUUCUACCGUUACUCCUUGGCCUCAAUCGAAAUCGAUCCCUACUCAAGUGUUUGCAAUCAACGAUCCCCACAUAUGACUCGAUUGCAAGAGCAUAUACGUCACUUUCAAACAAGCGCUAAACCAUUCAAAAUCGGGGGCACCGUCUACGAAAAUCAUGAUUUGCCACUGGGAAGAUACACUGUCACAGAUGAUCUUCAUAUUACACCAGGUGCUAGACUUGGCAUCGCCUCUGGUAGCAGUUUCGAGUUCGCGCCAGGCGUCGGUGUCUUAGUUGAGGGUGAAAUGCUCGUCGCCGAGGAUUACAACUCGGCUACUUUUGGCUCAAAUCAGCGAGUCGUUUUCACGGCAGCACCCUUCGAGUUGCAAAUGAAUGACAAAGUGAGAUUGAUUGAUGAAGAUGGAAGUGAUCAGACGACAGAGGGACGAUUAGAGGUUUUCGUGGACGGUGAAUGGGGCACGGUUUGCAAUCGUUCGUGGACAGCUCAUCACGCGCUCACCGUUUGCAAUCAACUCGGCUUGGUGAUGGAUCCGGAAUACUUUGAGAAUUGGCGAAUCUUCCCGUCGGCUGGCGAUCUGCCAAUGCUGAUGGACAAUAUUCGAUGCGAGGAGAAUGAGGUUGAUAUCACUCGUUGUCGUUUCGACGGUCAGCGACAUAAUGUUGGAGCCGGGUGUCGAAAGAGCGAAGUUGUCGGUAUUCGCUGUGUUCCCCCGCGUUGGGCCGGUGUUCGCUAUUCGUUGUUGGCCAAUCCGUACACUGUCACCGGACAACCGACGAUGAGCAAUUGGCUGAUUGAAAAAGCCGGUCUCUUUGACUUCCGCACACCACAAUUCGCGGCCGCUUUGCAAAUCGAUUGGAAUUAUCACACGUUCAACAAUUUGGAGAUCAGCAAUAAUUUCUGGAAUGGUAUUGACGUCGUUUACAAUGAUUUGAUGAAAAAGCCGACGAUUCGAAACGCGGUGAUCAGAAAUAAUCGAAGGCACGGCAUUCGGCUGAGAUCCAAUGGGAUAACGAUAGAAAAUGUGACAAUCACGGGAUCGGGCUUUGCCGGGAUUCACUACAACUCUAAAGUCUCAAUGGGACUGCAAAGGGAUAUCGUCUCGUGGUUGGACCCGAACGAGCAACCGGAUCAAGAGGCGAACAACAUCUUUGCUAUUCCUUCAUCGCAAAUUGAUCGUUUGGAAGUGAUGGCGUCGAGUCAAGAGCAGCGGAAAUUCCUGGUCGCCGUGCCAACGAAUGAUUGUCCGUUAGUGACUUAUGAGGAGUGCGCACACGAGAUUAUGUUGACUGCGUCUGGUUUUGAGUACGGCUUGAGCGCUCGUUUAGCAAUUCAGAUCGUGAAUCCAGCAAGCAACGCGAGUGACGAAGAUGCGCUGAUCACUGAUCCGAUCACGAACAAAGUCUAUUCGGUCCGAAAGAACCAAAUCGAGUUCCCAAUCACUUCGCGCGGGAAUCAAAUGCGUUUACGGUAUACGCGGAGUCACGGAAUGCCGAAAAUGGUGCUUCUCGUGCUCUUCCUCGAUUCUCAAGAAUACCUGGAUCGUUUUGUGCAUGUGCACGACUCACGAAUCGACAACAACCAGUACGCGAUCUCGUCCACCCAUUACAACAACUUGACCCUUUCCGAUGGCACGUUCACGAAUCGAUGGUCAUACGAGAAAAUUUGGUUUCAAAAGGUGAACUUCACGAGGAACAAGGAGGCUGUGCUGUGGAUAAACAGUCCACAACACGAGGUGAAACCCGGGACACCGAUGGCCAAUAUCAUUUAUCACAUCGACAACUGCUCACUUCAUCACAACACCGGCCCACUUGUUGAGACUCAUUGGGAUCUUUUCGCGAGUGCAAAUGUUUUCCAUUGGAAUUUUUGGUCAAACACUUUUGCGAAUAAUACAAACGGUGGGGUGUCGGUUCGUUUACCCGAUCCUUAUGACGUCACCGCUCGGCAACAGGGGCACACUUUCUUGAUGACUGAGAAUCGCUUUGAGACGAACGAAGGGUUGCGAAUUCUCGUGGACGGUUUCCAUUGCUGGGCAAACAUCUCGUCGAACAAUUUCACCGAUAAUAUGGCUAGAUAUGACUCUGGUAUCUACGAGUUAGCUGGAAUGGAAAAGGAUCUAAUUAUGGAGAGGAAUCGAUUUCUUGGCAAUUGGGGUCAUUGGAUGGUCAAGAUGAACAUGCAUAGUCAGUCGACGAGGAAUGGCUCUCGUCACGUGCCCGCCAUCAUCCAAUACAACUACUUCCAGGGGAAUAAAUUUGUACAAUCAAACCAAGACUACGUGGACAUGUGGCCGAGAUCGUACGCGAUCGGCGUUUUCGGCACUCAACGAGCCGACGUGCAUUUCAAUCGACUCAGCAAUCGACUCAUGGAUUUCGAAUUGGUCACUGGGUGUACGCCUAUCCGAGUGCUCGACUCGAUGAACGUCACGCACAAUUGGUUUGGCUCGGGCAACGAUGCCGAGGUGGCGCAACGGAUUUUUGAUCUCGAUGACUGGAACAUUUACACGCUGGCCGACUACUCCCCGUUUUACACAAGCGAGGAGCUGUUCAUCAACUUUUGGUGGAACCCGAAAUUGGGCCAACUCGCGUACCCGGUGCUUCCCGAACCGUCCGGCUACGAUUUAAAGGGUCGGAUGUUCAAGGACAAAACGCUGAAGCUUGAGAUUGAAACAUGGCCAACCAUGCCCUUCUACAAUCGCCCGAUUCGGCCCUAUCGAAUCACCCGAGAUCUAACGAUCAUGCCCGGUGCCACGCUGACGAUUGAGAGGGGUGUUGAGGUUCACAUUUGGCCGAACGUGCGCAUUUUGGUGCUGGGGAAUCUCGUCGCCGAUGCUACCUACUGGGAGCCUGUUAGAUUCAAACCGAUCAACGUCACCGAGUACGAGGAGACGCGUGGACGCGAGCGCGGCCGCUACAAGAGAAGUAUCGAUCGAGCAAGACCCGACCCCGUCUACGCCUCAUUCCCGCAACUCUAUCGCUACGAUCCGUACUACCAGAAAUUCUCGGUUCACCUCAACACUGAGGACUCGAAAACGAAUCGCGCCGGCUGGUUGGAGAUCUACAAUGCGACAAGCGGGGAGAUUGUGCCGCUUUGCGAUCGACAGUUCACAAUUAGAAAUGCACAAGUGGCAUGUCGAGAGCUCGGUUAUCCGACUCAAAACGCGUAUCAAUGGGUGACUGCAAGAUGGGAAUACAAUCCAAAAGUGCACAUCCUGAAGACUUACACCGAGCCGCGAGAGUGUCGAGGAGAUGAACCAAGAUUGGAAAAAUGUCCCUUGCGCUUUUCCGGGAACACUUCUCAAUGGCAGUGUAUGGACAAUGAACACUUCAACUACAUCUAUUGCGCGCCGGAGACUCGCGUGAACAAAAACUAUAUCGGCUCAUGGGGAGGCAUCGUUUUUGCGAACGAUGAAGUGGAUCAAACGGGGAAACCAGCGGAAGUGGAGAAAAGUGUGCUAAAACAUGUGGAGAUUGUCGGCGGAGGACAUGCGCAUAAUGAUUCAUAUCAGGGUGGUGCCUUGUUGAUCUUCCAUCGAUCACCAAUUAUCGAAGCGGUAAAUGUGACGAACAGCAGCAUGAAUGGCAUAGAGAUUGUAAACCCAUCAACGAAAGUAAUUUUGGUGAAUGUGAAUGUGACGGACAAUAACGGAAAGGGGAUCUCGAUUGUCACCGCCAAUCUGCAAGGACAUGGUGGAGAACCACCGCAAGUCGAGAUGUCCCUUCCAUAUUUUGCUCGCGGUUUCGUCGACAUGUGUGCUUCGACGAAAAAGAUCGUUUUACAUGGACGAAUUCUUCUUUACUACAAAUACGAUGCCCGUCCAGUGGAUUGUGUGAAAGUUUUCAGCGGAGAAGGGAAAACGAUCACUUUCCGGUUGCUACAAGUAAACCUCUAUGCCUCACCCACCGAUUUGGGUCGAUCCGAUGCGUUGCGUGUUUUCUCGUCAGAAGCCAUGGAACCAUCGACAUUGUUGGCAAAAUACGGGAAAACCAUCGAUGGAAUUGAGCAGCCAGACCUUUCCCCAUUCAAUCGAGCUCUCUCUGUGAACGGGCCACUCGCGUUGCAUUUCCGUGGCACUGCCGCCGAUCCGUCUUUCGGCUUCAUCGCCGAAAUCGCCAUCACCCCAACUCCGCCCGAUUUCAAUCUAAUCGACGAAGUGGUCAUUGCCAGUUCCCGUUUGGACAACAACGACCGUGGAGCGCUGCGAUACGAGAACACCGGCGAGAUUAGCCCACAUCUGGUGAUCGAAGACUGCUCAAUGUUCCGGAAUGGUCUCCACCUUUACGGGAACAUCUCGACGACACUGCAUUCGGCGAUGUUCUCUCUCCACAACACGCAACUCUUGCUUUUCCGCGGCAACUCAUUAGGACAUAAUCGAGGCGGAUUGCUCAUUGAUUCAAAAUCCGAAUCAGCGGUGGCUCGACUGAUGGCAAUCGUCAAAAAUAAUCUCUUCGUCGCCAACUCGAACAGCACAACAAUUGAGCUAUUGGGCAAUGGAUAUCAGAAAGUGACUAUGUUGAACAACGUGAUCUCGCACAACUAUGCUUACUAUUUUGACACUGUUCUGGCGCAUGAUGUGAUUGUAAAUAUGACAAGAAAUACGAUCUUCAACAAUACGGGAUUGCAUACGAUUGAUAUCCGCUCCUCGAUCAACCGCGUCAGCUCGGAGAAUCACGCUUUCUUGAGAAAUAAUAUUGAGCACAACUUUGCGCUAGGACAUGGGCAUCAAUAUUUACAGAGAUAUGGUUUUCAACCGGGCUGGACUGACGAAUUCGAUCUUUACAAACGCCCGAAAAGACAGAUCUCCUAUCCGAUUUUCAAACAAGACGGAGUGUCGUUCGACUGGUGGACGCAUGUUUAUGGAGAAACAGACCGCUACAGAAGCACAAUCUACGGUGGAUCCUCUCGACAACAUUAUGAAAACAAUGUGUUCAACAAUCCGGAAAACGAGUUAGAUCUGACGACAUCGAAUCGCAGUGCGUAUGAUGUAUCGUCGGUGGAUGCCCGGAGGAACUAUUGGGGCUGGCCAAGCACGGACAGUGUGGCUGCUGGGCGAAUCCGCGACGAGUCCGACCUCCCAUAUCUCAUUCGUGUCGACUAUUCACCCGUUCUCGAAUCGAAUACCUCGCUCAUUGAGGGUGAUUGCCCGGCUGGAUGGUUUCAAGUGGGAGAUCAAGAGUUCAAGAGUUGCUAUUUGUAUGUGGGAGCGGCGAGCACGUACGAGCGAGCGCAACAAUAUUGCGAGGAGCUCGGCUCUUUCCUAAUCUAUCUCUAUGAUGACGAUUAUCGGCAAAAGGAUUUGGCCAGACGAGUGGAGGAGAUCGAGCUGGAUGCGCUAACCGAGGCUGAACGUCAAAGGACAAUGCUUGGGGCCCGUAGCGAGAUCAAGAUCUGGGUUGGGUCGGCGGCGUUCGCAUGGCCACAAUGCGGGUACUUGUCGGCGAGAACGACGCACACUCACUACGAAAAUUGCCAAGCAUUGAGGCCAUUUUUAUGUGAAAGGGGUACUCUCGCCUAUCAAGAGCCGAUUCUUUGGCGUCGAGAGGUGUGGAUUGUGUUGAUCGUUCUUGCCGUGAUUCUCUGCAUAAUCAUUCUCUUGGCGUGUUGCUGGUGCUUGAAGUCGAGACGGCGAUCCGAGGAGGCGAUUGCUCGAAAGAAUAUCAUGCGUGCGAGUAUGAAUCUGCAGAAGAAAAAGAAAAUGCGAGAGUUUGAGUCAGCUUAUGGAUCGAAUCUCCCGUCACACGAGAGCGCUAUUGGGAGCAUCUCGGCAACACCCUUGCAUGCUUAUGGAACUUCGAAUUACUACUCAAAGAGAAGCCAUGGCUCUUUGGACUCACCCGGAUCAACUAACACCUAUGAGACAACAACAGCCUACUUCUCUGGACGAACUGGUGAGACAAGGACCACUGAGACAACGACAGGGCGAACGACAAACGAUCGAACGACGACCACUGACAGGACAGGGACGAGUCGACCAACUGAUUACACAAGAUCUGAAUCGUAUUAUGGAUCGACACAAGAGAGUGCUCAUAUUGCGCCAAGAAGAUCGAUGGUCAACUUGACGCCAAAUCCCUACUCGGAGAUUAACACUCAAGUCUCUACAUUUCAGCCAAAUGGGGGAAAGGUUCGAAUGAGGCCUCAAUCCGUUCACGACACCUCUUGCUCAUCGGUUCACUCAUCAGCGGCUACAACUCCGUCAUCUUGCUCGACUUGUCCAACAACCGAUCGCGAUUCCACCGUCACUGAUGGAUCAUGGAGUGAGAUGAGCGAUGGUACCGUUCAUAAACCGUUGGUGCCGAAUCGUCAUCAUCCUGGCAGUAACAUUCAUCCAUCGUUCUCUCGAGCUGGUACUCAACGAAAGGAUGAUGUCGAGAGGAAGAAAUAUCCGGCUCCAAGAGGAAGUGCACGAUUUGCACAAUCACCACAGAUUUCGAGAUCCAACCCAGCCAUCUACAGUGCUCUACCCACCAUUCCCUCAUCAAUUCCACCAAUUGAGAGCACUGUAUUACCCACCACGAGACAUGCGCCAGCCCCUCCCCGUCCCAUCGUUCCCCCUCGAACCACUGCCCCAAUGGUGCCACCAACGAGAUCACUCGUCGAUCUUUAUCAACCAACCCGUCCUCCACCACAACAUCAAUCAUCAUUCCCCUCAACUAGCCCACAUUCCACUAGGAAACCAAUCGUUGAAACUACUAUG